UUCAUUUCCCACCCUGCAGCUUGUCCACCACCUUCCUCCACCGAUUCAAUCUCCACCAUCUCUCUCUCUCUCUCUCUCUCUCUAAAUUUCGUCCUCUCACAUCCUCAAAUCCCCCAAUCACCACAACCCAACAACCGAUCCCCUAAGAGAAUCCCAAUAUGCAGCAAAGCGAUACACCCUCUUCCUAUUACCAAUACUACCAAUCCCACCUCCAAAACCCUAACCCUAACCUCAUCGAUCCUUCCUUGGCUUCUGCCCCUCCGGUUUCCUCCACUUACUCUCCCUCCGAUUACUCCCCUUAUUCUAAUCCUUCCACUUACCCUCCAUAUCCUCAAUACACCGAUCAUGCCCCCAAUUACCCACCAAAUCCUAAUCCUCAACCCUAUGAUUUCCCUCACCUCAAUCCCCAGACGACGCCGUAUUACCCGCAUGAUCAGAAUCAAGCCGCUGUGAAUUACGAUCAACCGGCUCUGAAUUACGAUCAACCCGCUCCGAGUUACGAUUAUACAAACGCUAGCUACAAUGAUUCCAAUCAAAAUUCGUCAUUUUCGUCGAAUUUGUUUUCAUCGGUCCCGGAUUACGGUAACUUGUACGGGAGUAGUUCAAAUUUUGGAACAAAUACAGGUUAUGGAGAUGAGGGUAAGCAGAGGGCGGAGAUUGGAUCAGGGUAUGAUUAUGGAAUGGAUGGUGUGUAUGCAUAUAAGGGGGGAAAGGUUGCACCUUAUGGUGCUGGAGGAAGCGGGUCUGGUUCGGGUCCAGGUUUGAAUUCUUCUGGUGUGAUUUUUGAUGAUUAUGGGAGGCCAAUUGGUUUGGCAAAUGGGAAAGAGAAAAAUGGGUCUGGAAUUUCGGGUAAGGUCGAGAAGGCGAUCCCGAAGAGUGUGGCACAGGAGGAUGUAUAUAGUGGUGUGCAGAAGUUUCGCGUCAAGUUAUUGUCGGAAGGGGUGGGUCAGAGUGAUGUUGAUGUUCUUUGCCAGAUUGGAUUGGAUGGGAUCAGAAUACUUGAUUUAGCAACUAGUCGAACACUACGAAUAUAUCCACUAGAGACAGUGAUAAGAUGUGAAGUGCUAGAUUCGUAUAUAUUUGCCUUUUGGGCCAAAACGUCCAUUGACGUUGAACCGAGGCGUAUCAGGCUUAAAUCUAACAGUUAUACCGCAAACAACAUUCUAGACACGGUGACAGCAGCAACUUUUCAGAUCAAAGAGAUGGGUGGAAGAAAUAAACCCUCGGAUAUUUCCAAGGUCUCUGAGCAACCAUCUGAGAAGAAGAAAGGCUUUGUUGAUUGGGUGAACUUGAUGAAGCCAAGCACUGAGGAGAAAGAUCACUGGAUUCCUGAUGAAGCAGUUGCCAAGUGCAAGUCUUGUGGGACAGAUUUCGGAGCUUUUGUGCGAAGGCAUCACUGCAGAAAUUGUGGGGGUAUUUUCUGUGACAAAUGCACCCAAGGUAGAAUCGCCCUCACAGCUGAUGAGGCUGCAACGGUUAGAGUCUGCGACCAGUGCAUGGCAGAAGUUACCCAAAGGCUGACCAAUGCAAAGGAAACAGCUGGAAAAGUCGCUGCAUUUCAGAGUCACGAGGAUCUUGCAAAAACACUCAAGGAGGAGAUGGAAAAGAAUCGCAAGACUUCCACAGGUUUGACAUUCAAUGGAUCUGGAACGCGGAUGAAGGAAGUUGCCUGUCCCACUUGCACAGUUCACUUACAGGUCCAGGUUCCAGCCUCUGGCUCCGAAACAAUAGACUGCAGUGUUUGUCAGCAUCCAUUCCUUGUAAAUGCUCAUUGAUCUACAAUAUCUCGUGUUCCUGAACGUGACCUUAUGAUACUGCCACGAACAGUUCAUGGGUUCUUAUUGGAGUUUCUCUAAUUAAGAAGAAUGUGCAACUGGGGUUUUCUAUCAAUGUAUAUCCAAUAAUGUGUUACUAUUAUUACACAUGAAUCUCAGUUGCGUGUGUGUGGGCUUGUGCAUUCUUUAUUUCCAUUGAAUAUUUCUUGUUGGCAGGUUAGAUGAACUCGUGUAAUUAUUAGUCCACGUGAAUCUCGGUUGUGCGGGCGUGGCCUUGUGCUUUCUUAUUUCCAUUGAAUAUAUCUAGUUGGUAGGUUAUAUGAAUUCAGACCCA